AUGAGUUUAUACAACAAUACAUUUGAAUACAACAACACUGAAAUUAACAUCAUAGAAUCAAAUAAGAAAGCUUUUUCAAAUUUGCCUGACUACAAUAACAAUAACUAUUUUGAUAUUGGAAGUCUUUUGGAGUUUAACAAUCAUCAAUCUUUUUCAUUAAUAUCAGAACAAGAUCAAGUGGAUUUGGAUAUAAAUUCAGACGAAGAAAAAUCAACACCUUUUGAUGGUUCAUUUGAUAUAAUGUCAGUCGAAGAAAAUGAAAACCAAAAAGAUGAUGAUAUUAAGACUGAUAUUACAACCAAUAGUAGUACCAAAUCUUCACCUCAUAAUAUAGUAGGUACAAGUCCAAAUCUUAGUGGAAAUUAUUUCAAAAAUUUAUCAAUUAAUUCCAAUAAAUCAAAAAGAGAUGAAAAUCCAGAACUGAUCAAUUACUCACCUAUUAUUAAUUCUCAAAAUUUGAAUUUAAAUUUAAUUCAAUCAAAUAAUUUUAGUUUCAGAAAAUUAGGGGGCGAAAAUAAUAAUGAAAAUAAAUCAUCAGAAUUUUUGAAUUCAAUUAAUAUUAAUUUAGCUAAUCCAACAACAAACUUUGGUUCAUCAUCAUUAAAUACAAGAAAUAUAUAUGAUAUACAAAAUACAUCAAAUUCUUUACCAAAUUCAUUACAAAAUGUAAAUCAAAAUCCUCCUAUUUCAUAUAAUAAUAAUUCAAUAAUAAAUGCUGCAACAAAAUCUAAAAUUAAUACGCAUAAUGCAGAAAAUGUUAUAAUUAAUCAACUGCCUCGUGCUACCAGCUUUACAUUAUUACUGCAUACAAAUAAUAAAAUUAAUAGAAAAAAUUCUUUUUCAUAUAAUAAUAAUAAUAAUAAUAAUAAUAAUAAUAAUAUAAAUAAUAAUAAUCCAUUAUUAUUAAAUUUGGCAACAACUAAUUUUAAUUUACAACAACAACAACAACAACAACAACAACAAAAUCAACAACACGCUCAUUUAUCAUCACAUGAAUUUCAAACCCAUAUAAAUUAUGAUCAACAACCUACAUUUAAUAUUUCAUCAUCAUUACCUUUAUCAAGUUCAUCUUCUUCAUCAUUAACAAAUUUAUCAGUACCAGUAUUACCAAGUAGUAAUAAUUCUUUACAGAAUACAAAAUUAAAUAUAAUUACAAAUUUAAAUAAAUCUUUAAGUGCUUUGUCAUCACCAAUAAACCCUAGUUCAUCUGUUAGUUUAAUGGCAUCAAAAGUUUUACCAAAUGAACCUAAAUCGAUUGGGGUUGUACAAUCUACAAAUACUUCAGCUACAAAUAAAAACAGAUCUAGUUCAUCAACAAGUGAAAAUGCUAAUCCAAUGCUUCAGUCUUCUUCGUCAUCAUCAAAUAUCUCGACGAUAAAUUUAUCACAGAAUGAAAAGAUCAAAAGAAGAAAACAUAAAAACUCAAAAUUAGGUUGUCCAAAUUGUAAGAAAAGAAGAGUUAAAUGUUCAGAAGAUUUACCAUCAUGUAUCAACUGUAUUAAACAUAAAGUGAAAUGUGGUUAUUUAGAAUAUACUGAAGAACAAUUACAAGAAUUAAGAGAAGCUAAACAACAAAAUCAAAUUCAAAAAUUAACUCAACCGAGAAGUGUCACUGAUUCACAAAAAUUAAUUCAAAGGUCAUCUUCAAGUAGUAAUAUAGCUAAAAAUGAUGAAGAUAGUGAAUCAGAUAAUGAGGAAGAACAAUUAACUGCAAAUGUUAAUGCCAAUAGAAUCAUCAAACCCAAAGCAAAAAGACAAUCAUCUGCAUCAUCAAUUAAUAAAUUAUCAGAUCAAUCUUCAAAUCGUAAAUUAUCGGUAUCCAGGAAAUCCAGUAGUAACAAAAAUUUACCAAAAUUAUCAACUUUGACAAAGGAAGAUGAUGAGUUUGUUAAUACAACAAGAGAUAAAUUAAAUAUACAUCGACAAAAUUCACAUAGAAAAAGUGUUACUCAAAAUUUCGAUAAUUUAUUGAGUACUGAAGAUGAAAAUGAAAUUAUAUAUCCAGUUUAUAAAAUACAAUCAGAAUCAAUAUCACCUGAUGAAAAAGAUAAAUUAAGGUUACCAACACAUCAUUUACAAGACGAUAUAAAUAUAGAUUCUCCUCAACAAUAUCAAACUCCACAACAAUUUCACCUGAUGACACCACUUGAGCAUCAACAUCACCAAAUGAAUUCACAAGCUUUACCAGGUGCUAUUUAUCAAACAGUAGCUUUCAAAUACAAAAAACGAAAAGAAAUAGACUAUUCUAAAUUCUUGUUAGAAGUCUUGAAAGCAGUUGGUCCUGCGAUUCAUAAAGGUGAAGCAAAUUUAUUUCAAAUUAGAGAAUUAUACACGUUAUGGUUAAACUCAUUUAUUUUCAAAGGUUAUACAAGUCAUUUAAUGUUUAUGGUAUUAUUAAAUUUAAGUGCCAAUUAUCUUAUAUCAAAUUGUUUUAAUGAUACUUAUAAAUAUUAUAGUUCAGAUGGUGAAAUUUCACUGAUUUCUAGAGGAAUUGAAUUAGCAAGAGUUAGACAAACUUGUUUAGUUAAAUCAAUUCAUUAUUAUGCUGAAGUUAUAAAAAGUUUAAGAACAUUGUUGAAUACAAAUGCUGAUCCUGAUACUGCUGGUUCUGUAUCAUAUAUUUUGAGUUUAAUGUCAGUAUAUGAUCCAGAAAGUUCACUUAAUUCAACUGUAUGUUUUAGAGAAGGAUUAUUUGGAGUUUUAACCUAUAAUAUUAAUUCAUCAAUGAAAAGUGGGAAAGUUCCAAGAUUAGUUCCAACUCAUUUAAAAUUAAUGGCAAACAUUGUUUCAUCUAUACAUUUUCCAGGUUAUGAUCCAACAUUUAUAAUUGAAUGUCAACUGUUAUUUAUAAGGUUUGGUGAAAUCUUAUUACCAAUGAUUGAACAUGGGAAAGUUAAUUCAACUUCAAAUCAAUAUUUAACUCAUCAAUUCUUGGAAUUAAAAUAUAAAGAAUUACUACAAUUUCUAAAUGAAUCAAUUGAACAUUAUUUACCACAAAUUAAUAAUAAUUUAUUUGAUAUGGAAUUACAACAAAGACUAUUAUAUGAUUUAAUUAUAAAAUGGGUUAAAAUGUUUCCUGGUAAAUUUAUUGCAAACAAGAAGACUCAAGGUCCCAUGGAAAAAAUCUUAUAUUUAUUUUAUAAAUUAGUUAAAAAAUCAUUAUUGGCAAUAUUCCCACAAAUUAAAUUUUUCUUUUUAAGAGAUUUUGAUAGUCCAUUAAUGAUGGAUGUUUUUGCAAGUAAUGAUGAUUAUGAUAUUUAUAAAUUUGAAUUACAAAAUCCAUCAACAAUGAAAUUUGAUUUUAAAAUUUAUCAACCUUUUAUAAAUGAAUUAAAAUAUAUUUCAUCAUAUUUAAUAAGAACAAUUACAUUUUUCCAAUUAAGAUUAAGUUUAUUAUAUAAAUUUUUAGUUGAACAUAUGGCACAAGAAAAAUUUAAUAUUAUGGAAAUUAAUCAAUGGAGAAAUAAUAUAAGUGAUAUAACUAAAAUAAGACAUGAAUUUAUUGAAAAAAUAGGUAUAAAAGAAAUUCAAAUUACUUCAUUUGCAAAACAAUAUAUUAGAAAACAAAAUUAUCCUCAAAGAUCUAUUGGUUAUGAAUUAAAUGUAAAUGAAUUAAUUGAAAGUUCAAUUAUUGAUGAUGGUAAUAUUGAUUUUAUGAAAUUAAAACCACUGGGUUUAUUAAAUGAUGAUUUUGAUAUUAGAAAUGAACAGAUAUAA